UUUGGAAAAGGUUAUUGAGUCACACCAAUCAUAGAGAACCAAAGACUUGAACCCAAAUCGUUUCUUCUUCUUCUUGUGUUGUUCAACAACGACGCCAUUUACGUUUUGCCACAUUUCUUCUUCUUCUUCUUCUCUCACUAAUUUCAAUUACCCACCUUUCGUAACAGUAGUAUCUCUCUGACUCUGAGCGAUGCAAUGAGAUUCUCCUUGAUAACUCCGACUUCUUACCGAUUCCAUCAUCCAAAUCCGUUUCGAUCUCUCGAAUCAAUUCCUCCUCUCUCAGUUACACGUCCUCGCGUCGAAUCUGGAUCUCCCUCUUCCUACAAGUUCAUUGCAGCGAGCUUGCAGAGACAUGGAUGUAGCAAUAGCAUGAGACAUAGCUCUGUCUCAGUUAGAGCAUUUGAUGAUGAUUCAUUUGAUUUUUACUCUGGUGACAUUGACAUAUUCACUGCUACAUAUUCGAUUUCGUCGAGUGAAGGCGAAGAGAGCGAUGGGGAUUACGCGUUGAAUGUAGUUACUGAAACAACUGCACAAAAGCUUGGAAAGUUUCCAAGAGGUCGCAAAAAGCACAGAAUCAGAUAUGGGAUUAAUUUGGGGCUUUUGGCUUUUUUGUCACUGCUGCUUAUAUUGAUGGACUCUUUUGCUUGGAAGAUUGUUAGACUGCCUUUGCCUCCAUAUUUCUUAAGCCUGCCUUUCUUCAUAUCAGCGGUUUUAGUCACCUUAGCCGGUUAUAUUUUUGUCCCGCUUGUAGACAGAUUGAAAGUGCAUGAGCCAAUUAGGACGCUAGGGCCAGUUCCACAUAACCGUAGACCAACAAUCCCGACAAUGGGUGGGUUGUUUUUUGUUCCAAUUGGUGUUGCUGUUGCAAUAGCCUUGACUAAAUUUUCGUCCAUCGAAGUCUGUGGAGCAGCAGCUGCAACUGUAGCAUUUGCAAUGAUUGGGCUAGUUGAUGACUCCUUAAGCCUCUAUAGUGAGAAUAACAUUGGUUUGCCUGCUAAAGUACAACUUCUUUUGGAGGGAGCGGUUGGGACUUGCUUUGCAUUGUGGUUGGAGACUGCAAGCAUAUCAUCUCCUUAUGGCAUGAAAAUGUUGAUUCCUUUGCCUUCACCAUUAGGUCUCGUUUGCUUGGGAAAACUUUACCUAUUGUUGACAUCUUUUUACUUCGUUUCUAUGGGAAACUUAGUCAAAGCAACCGAUGGUCUUGAUGGACUGGCAGGAGGUAUUGCUGCCUUGGCGUUCGUUGCAAUGGCAAUAGCGGUUCUUCCAAUUUGCUCUGAUCUUUCUGUAUUUGGAGCUUCGAUGGCUGGAGCUUGUUUUGGGUUUCUACUUCACAAUCGAUACAGAGCAUCGGUUUCCAUGGGGGAUACAGGAUCAUUGGCUCUUGGUGGAGCUUUGGCUGCAAUGGCUGCUUGCUCAGGAAUGUUCUUUCCAUUGUUCAUAUCAUCUGGUGUCGCAAUUUUAGAAGCUUCUUCUGUUAUUAUUCAGGUCGUGUAUUACUCGGCGACUAAGCGCUUAAAGGGAAAAGGGCGUCGGAUUUUCAAGACUGUACCAUUUCAUCAUCACCUUAGACUCAGUGGUUUGAAGGAGCCAAUGAUAGUAACAAUGGCAUACGUUAUAUCCUCUUUACUCUCUCUUUCAGCAGCUUACAUAGGUCUUAUUUCUGCAUAAGCUUCAUUUCUUUUUGCUUCCUCUCAACCCAAUUUUUGUUCUCAUAAUUUCUUUAAACAAUGUAAUAUUUAUAAUAGUGACUGCUUACUUCAUUUUA